ACUAUGCAAAGUGUAAUGUCCUGUGACUGGGUGCUGGUGCCCCGGGUCUGCCUGCUGCAUAAUGCCCAGUGCAUGGUACAGGACCGGCAGCAUAGAGCAGCAUGUUCCCUGAUCAGUGCAUCUAUGUGUUUCCUGCUGCACGUGUCUAUUAUCCACUACCUGCCCUCUCAGUGUUACCCACACCUGCCUGCCUGCCCAGGAUCAGUGCUACCCACACCUGCCUGCCUGCCCGCCCGCCCAGGAUCAGUGCUACCCACACCUGCCUGCCCAGGAUCAGUGCUACCCACACCUGCCUGCCCAGGAUCAGUGCUACCCACACCUGCCUACCCAGGAUCAGUGCUACCCACACCUGCCUGCCUGGCCCCUCAGUGCUACCCACACCUGCCUGCCCAGGAUCAGUGCUACCCACACCUGCCUGCCUGCCCAGGAUCAGUCCAGCUGAAUUACCGCCUCCAUAUACAGCGAUUGCCAGCCCAGAUGCCAGUGGCGUUCCAGUAAUAAACUGCCGCGUGUGCCAGUCUCUUAUUAAUUUAGACGGAAAGCUUCAUCAGCAUGUAGUGAAGUGCACCGUCUGCAAUGAGGCCACGCCAAUCAAAACGCCUCCCACGGGGAAGAAGUAUGUCCGGUGUCCGUGUAACUGCCUCCUUAUCUGCAAGGAUACAUCGCGACGAAUAGGAUGCCCACGACCUAACUGCAGACGUAUAAUUAAUCUGGGACCGGUGAUGUUGAUUCCUGAAGAACAACCGGCCCAGCCCGCCCUCCCCGUCCAGCCAGAAGGUACCAGAGUAGUCUGCGGUCACUGUGGGAAUACGUUUCUGUGGAUGGAGCUGAGGUUCAACACAUUGGCCAAGUGCCCACACUGCAAGAAAAUAUCAUCUGUAGGAAGUGCGCUCCCACGCAGACGUUGCUGUGCCUACAUCACUAUGGGAAUGAUAUGUAUUUUUAUCGGGGUUGGUUUAACUGUCGGCACGCAAGACUUUGCCAGGCGCUUCCAUGCCACCUAUGUUUCCUGGGCGGUGGCCUACCUCUUAGGCUUUGUGUGUCUAAUUCGGGCCUGUUACUGGGGAGCCAUAAAAGUCAGCUAUCCAGAACACACCUUUGCAUAGAGUUAGCUAGUGUAACUUCAUAGCGUGUGAUUUAUGACAAAUGACCCUGAAAACAAGCUUUUCUUAACCACUAUAUGGCUGGAUUUACCUCAGAGCUGUACACUGGAGGAUUAUUCAGCCCUAAACAGUUUAAAGGGAAUGUCCAUUCCAGGUUUUUUUCUUUAAAAACAACCACCAAACCCCCCCCCCCCCCCCCCCCCACACAAUCCUUAUGACCCGACACUAGCAGGAAUAUGAAGGGGAUCCGCACACGCUCGUCAGCUGUACACCGGCCUACUGUAGUUUAUAGUCCCAGGCAGAGGAUUUUUGUGAAAUGGCGGCAAUGGGUUCGUGACCAAACAUAUAGCUUCUAGGAGUGGACAUCCUCUUUAAACCUCAGGCAACCGUAUGCUUUCCAGCUGCUUUUGAACUACUAGUUGCAGCAUGCCCUGCCAGCAGUCUAGUGUAGCUGGCAGGUCAUUCUGGCACUCCUAGGUCAGGAGUGCUGUCCAUAUUCAUUAGGGGUGGGUGGGGCAAUAUUACGAGACCUUUGUACAUGAGCUGAAUACCAUUGCACUACAUAAUAUGCAAUUUAGAUUUCUUUGUGCUGCUAGAUUUGGAAGCUAUGAAUAUCUAAGCUUUGUUUACAUGUUCGGACAUCUUUCCAUUGUUCUGUUAAACAUUUCCAGUGUUUUGUAUUUUAAAUGUAUCUUUUUCUCACUCUUUUACCUUUCUUUUGUGCCAUUCCGUGAGUAUUGUGCACCUGUACAAGGUGAAUAUGUUAUCACCCUGUGGCUUCACAUUCCUCUUCAUGUUUUACUUUACAAUACUGUAGUGGCUUUCAUUAAAGGUGCACUGCAGUUUUCUCAAGUUAUUUCUGUGGCCAGAAUUCGGUCAGCAGGCUUACAGAUCAUUAUGAGAAUCAGCGGCUAUACUUUACACACAGGCCGUAAUAAUCCGUUUAAGUAUAUGAGUGGAGAAAAAUCUGCUUUUUAAAGAUAUAUUUGAAAAUAAAUUAUUUUUUUCUUAUUUUCUUUAAUCUGUUUCUGUCAGGUAUUUUUUUUUCCUCUCAAUCACAAGUUAACUUGUAGAUCAGGUUUUAUGUCCCCCCUUUUCCAUUUUGUAGAGUUGAUAUAGUAUAUAGUGUAUGCUUUGAGGAGCUAGCACUUUGCAAACACUAACACUAACCAGUACCUCUCCUAAAAUUAUAAAACCGUACGUCUAAUAUAAUGAAAAUCAAAGUAGUCACUCUCAAUAAUGCUUUAAAGAUCAUUCGGAUGUAUUAAGCCUAGAGACUGCAUAAGGAAGUGAUAAAUGCAAAGUGAUAAAUGCACCAGCCAAUCAGCUCCUAACUGUUAAUUUACAUAUUGGAGCUGAUUGGCUGGUGCAUUUAUCACCUUGCACUUAUCACUGGUUUAUCACUUCCUUAUGCCUUCUCCAGGUUAAUACAUUAUUACUUCAGCAAUCCCAAAGCCAAUUAGAAGUCGUUCUGGUUUUAGCCAUUACUGUAUAUAUUCUUAAACUCCCCAAUAAUAAUUUAGGGGCAGAUUCCGUUAGUUAAUACUACGCGGGACAUUAGGGCAGAGAAAUCUUGGUUUGUUCUUGCUCGCACUCCAUAGAGGAAAUGGAUGAAACCGCACCUAGCGGCUAAUUGAACCUGCCCUUUUAAAAUGCACCGAUUUAAACAGAUGAGGCAACAUGACGGCAUCUGACUUUCUAAUCAUAGGAAUACAGUGGGAGAUGUAGCAAACCGUGGAGAGAGAUUAAGUACCAGCCAAUGAGCUGCCAUUUUAACAGGCCCAGAUUUAUCAAGCCUUUGAGAGUGAUAUAUUGCACGGUGAUAAAGUACAAACCAAUCAGCUACUAACUGUCAUUUUUCAGUUAGGCGCUGAUUGGCUGGUAUUUUAUCACCGUGCAGUUUAUUACUCUCCAAGGCUUGAUAAAUUAUAGGAGCUGACUGGUUGGAACUUUACCUCUCUCCAAGGUUUGAUACGUCUCCCCCAUUGUUUCCAAGGAACCAAGGAUGAAAUCCAGACCACAGAAAUACUUAUUUCUAGUGAAUUGAUACCCUGGAUAUUGAUGAAUACUGGUUCAGAAAUUACACAAUAUCCUUGUACAUAACUUAUUGAAAGGAUUUUUAUAUUGCCAAUUUUUUUUUCAGUAAGCCACAUUGUUGUAAACUGAACGCACCUUUUAAGUAUAGCAAUAACCAUUUACUUGUCACGCAUUUACCAUAUAUUACCUAAGACGAGAAGUAUCCGUUGCAGGAUGUGUAAUUAGUACGUGUACAUUUCUGGUGAAACUUUUCCAUAAAAUCCUUACAAUAGUCGGGUAAAUAGCUGUAUGUCAGUACUUCCCUUGUGAUAGGGAGGGGCAGCAAUCUGCGCUGUGUGCGCGCUGAACUUCCGUAGGAUAAUUUGAAUUCACUCGCCGGUAAACUGGCUUCAUUUUAUCCAAACUGCUUACCUGAGCGGUGCCCGUGACUUGACAUUUACUCAAGGAUCUUAAUUGUUUUCUACCAAUGUGAAAAAGCCAUUGUUUCCAAUGUAUAGAAUGUAUCAAUUGCAAUUUGUAUGAUUUCCUAACAAGUUUGCUGGGAGUGUCUUUUAUCUUAUAUAUUUUUCUUUUCUGUACUGACGAAUCUUCCUUGAUGGGUCUUACCUAAAGCAGAUGAGAGGGUAAUAUAGUCUAUCCUUUGCCUAUAAACAGUGGUGUCAGCCACGUUGUGCCUCAGUGAUACCAGACGUGGAGAAUUAAUAGGCUGCAAUCUCAUGAAUAUUGGUUCAGGCGUCACAAUUGGGACCUCCACUGUGUAUAGGCAAUGGGCAGACUUUAUAUUCGGGCCAAAAGCAACAAAACAUGCAGUAUUGCCUGUGACUUUUCUUGAACCUUCGAAAACCAGGGUGUAACAUUGUAAAUCGCCUAUUUUACAUUGUAUAAUGCAUAUAAGUGGAGUCACAUUGUGUUCUGUAGAAGAACCUUAGCGCUUUGGCAAGUUUACUGUGUGUGAUUGUUUUACUCAGUUUAGCCAAAUUGUAGUCUGGUUAGCAGAAAACAUGAGGUAAUUUGGCCAUUUUAUCAGGUUGCCAGAGCACAAUAAUUGUAAUUCUUAAUUUCCGUUACCUGUUUGUAUGUUAAAUAUACAUUACUGUUCGCUACUUUACGAUUCUCUUGUAUCUUUUAAGAAUACUAAUAAAGGUUAUUAUAC